UGCAAGGAUUUUAAAGUCAUUGUGUUUUGUGGUCAAAAGGUGUCAAAACCAAAAAAAGAAGACUAUUACAUAGAUAAAGUAAUAAUGGACCAUUGUACGACACUGAUUCAAGUAUCUAUAAGCUAAUAAAUUUCCUGUUAGACAAAGAAACUGUUGAAAUGGUCAGUCGAAACAAAAAAUUGCAGAUCCUGCAUUGAAAAACAAAUCAACUUUGAUGUUGUGUUUUUAGUUUCUGUCACAAAAUAUAUCUGUUUAGUGAACUUUGAAUAGAAACUUGUUAAACAAACUCUAAAUAUGACAUCCACAAAAGAGGCCACAGCUAGUUCAAAGAAAUCCAGCACGGAAAUGAUUACACCUUACAAACUUACGGUUACUAUUUUAAUAAGGAAUUAUUGGAGAUAUCGCGAAGACGAUGAAUUUAAGUGUAUGGAAGAUGAAGUUCUUCGGUGUAAAUAUAGACGUGACUUUAGUGUCCUAAUACUACGGCUUUUACAAAGCCCUGAUUUGCCAUUGAUGGAACUGAGAAAUUUAUUCACAUCAAAGAAAUAUACAUUACCAAAAACUUUAAUAGAUUCGUUCGAUCAAACCUUAGCAGACUUAGACGAGAGUGGAAUUGGUCAGUUGUUAGACAUCAUGGACAGUUUAAAUAAAAUUAUGACAUUUUCUGAGAACACCGUCAACGAUAGUAAAUCACUUUUAUCAAGUACUAGCAACAUUAUCGCCAAAACGAGCGUAGUAGGGUAUUAUUUAAGAAGAUUUAUCAUUCACUUUGAUAAACUUACAUUUUCCGAAGCAACUGGUGUGUAUGAAGCAUUUCAGAGGUACUACAACGAAUGGAGGAAGAAUUCAAAGUUUAUGAACGUACAAGAUCUUAAUUUAGAUGAGUGGCGCAGUGAUGGGGAACAAUGGUCCAGACGACAGGCCGAAUUGUUUAUAGCAACUCAAGCAGCUUUACUGGCGAACAGAGAAAGCAAAGCUAUGUCGCCUCCUGAGCUACAAAAAAGGAUCUCGAGCAUACUAAAAUCCAAUCCAGAUUUGGCUGGUGCUCAUUUCCUCUCCUAUUUAAAUUACUUGCGAGUAGAUGAAUUUUGUGGAGCCGUAGACAGCCUCUUGCAUUGCUUCGACAAAAAUGUCGAUCCGGAUGUGAAGUGCUACAACGAUGAAAAGAGUAAAAGGCACAGAUUUGCGGCUCUGAACUUGGCGAUACUGCAUUAUCAUUUCGGACACAUUGAAGAAGCACUGGCGUCCUUGAAGGAAUCGAUAAAGGUUUCUCAAGAGGCUCGCGACAACGUCUGCCUCCAACACGCCCUCUCUUGGUUAUACCGGCUAACGACCGUAAAUGAAGAUAAGUUAAUCGUCCACUGCAUACUCAAAAGUUCAGAACUGAGUUUGAGUUAUACUGCGUCACUUGGAUUGCAGACGUUUGGGCAGUACAGUUGUUUACAUUCGGGUAGAACGUAUGCAACAUUCGAGACCUUAUCGAAGAGCGACAUGAUCAACUGCCAACACAGCUACAAAGACCUCACUUCCAGCAACUACUCCAUGAAAUCUUCACUGUGGCAGCUGUAUGGUAAAACGGAGAUGUCUUCUUUAUGGAGUCAACUUUUGCUCUAUCUGAACAUCGAUUCCAGUUCUCCGAGCAAAGCUUUCUACGGCGAAGGCUUCUGUCUGGCGAUUUGUAACAUCGCUAAUCACUUACUCAUUCAGGGGGAUUACAAUUUGGUGAUUGCCGUUCUCAAUUUUGCCAAAGAGGGGUUUCCGAAUGAACCCCAGUCCCACGUAUGGAUGCUUUGCGAGAAUUUGUUUGUCUUCACUCAGGCGCUGCACCAUGAGAAUUGGGCCGAGGCAGAGUCGGCGGCUCAGAAAAUCAGAGUCAUGGACAAGUGGGAAGGUUGUCUAAGGCUAGCGGAGGUCUACUUCUAUAAACAAGACUACAGUGAAGCCGAUAACUGCAUCAACACCUUACUGAACCAAUACGAGAGCGACAGUACUUACAAGUUUAACGAUAGAUAUUAUUACGUGAGAGCUAAGAUACUAAAAGCGGAGAUCCAAUUCGCCAGCAGUUAUCCCGCUUCUGUUCCCGCUGGCAUUAUCACCAUUUUAAACAACUGUUUGAUAGAAGCGCAAUCUUGCCAGUUGGAUUAUCAAGCAGCCCUUAUUCACUUGCACAUAGCGAACACCAUGCUCGUGCUCGGUUUGACCGGACACGCUUUGAGGAUCUUGGAUAGGUGUUUGAUUCAAAUCUUAGGGCACGGCGGGUGCUUUGACAGAGCAAGGGCGACGCUGCUGUAUGUCAAGUGUUUGGUAGCGGACUCGCAUAAGUGCGGCGAUGCCGAAAGGAGCGGGAUCAUUUUGAGCUCCGCAAAGUUGCUGGAAAAGGUUAAGAAUGACUUUGAGAAGGUUGAGGCUUAUUCGAGGAUGAAAGAUGUUCUGUUUUUGCAGGCGCAACUGUACAAUUCAAUAAAUAUGAAAACCGAAAGGAAUAAAUGUGCUUUGGAAUAUAGAUUGUUGGAUGAAGAACAUACUACGAAAAAUAUUUAUACCUUAGUUAAGUAUCUUUAAUUUUGUAAGUUUUAGUUCUUAUGUUUUGUAAAUAUAUUAGUUUUGUGAAU